GGAGUUUCGCUCUUGUUACCCAGGCUGGAGUGCAAUGGCGCCAUCUCGGCUCACCGCAACCUCCGCCUCCUGGGUUCAGGUAAUUCUCCUGCCUCGGCCUCCCGAAUAGCUGGGAUUACAGGCACGCGCCACCGUGCCCAGCUAAUUUUUUUUUUUUUUUGCAUUUUUAGUAGAGACGGGGUUUCACCAUGGUGACCAGGAUGGUCUCGAUCUGUUGACCUCGUGAUCCACCCACCUCGGCCUCCCAAAGUGCUGGGAUUAUAGGCUUGAGCCACCGCGCCCGGCCGAAAUAUAUCUUUUAAAAACAGCAACUUUAUUUCUUCAGAUUUAUGUUAUUGUUUACAUGUGUAAACUCUAACUUCAAGUCCUUCAGUGUUCACUGUUUAUUCAUUCGUUCAUUUAUAGUAGUUACCAUGUUACAGCUCUGUUCUAGGGAUUGAGAACUGAACAAUGAAUAGGACAGUGUUCGUUUUGGUCAUCCCAGGAAAGCUAAGCAGAGACUUGCUCAAAAGCUACUCAGGUCUUGGUGGGGUUCGGAGAUUGGGGGAAGAGGAGAUGGACAGAAGUCUCCCAAGAGGAAGUAGUACUAGGUCUGCAGAAUGACCCAGCCACGAAUGGGGGCAAGGGAUUCUAGGCAGUGUGAGUUACUUGUACAUAGGCCCUGAGACCUGAGAGCAGCGUGGGUUUGAGGCUAACAGUAGGAAGAUUAGUAAAGCUGUAGCUAAGGAGAGGAGGAGGAAAAAACUGGGUUGGGAAGAGGGAGGAGAAAUGAGAUAAGGCUGCAAAAGUCAACCGGAGCCAGAUCAGGAAGGGUCUCUAACCAUGUAAAAACGUAUUACGUAUGUGAAGUAUAUAUUUAUGUCUCAUGUCAUUGGAUUUUGAAGUAGAAAAUAUUUAUACCUGGGGAAUGACUGUAAAUGUAUUUCUUUUCACAUAUUCUUAAAUAAUUUUAUCAAUUUAAUUUUAAAUCAUUCAAAUAAUCAUUUAUCUUUUUGGUUUUUUGUUUAUUUGUUUGUGUUGAGAUGGGGUCUUGCUCUGUCACUCAAGCUGGACUAUAGUGGUGCAAUCCUAGCUCACUGCAACCCUGAACUCUUGGUCUCAAGCAGCACUCUCACCUGAGCCCCCUGAGUAGAUGGGACUGUAGGUGUGGAACAUCAUACCCGGAUAAUUUUUUUUUAAUUUACUUUGCAUAGAGAUAAGGUCUGGCUGUGUUGCCCAAUUUGAUCUCGAACCCCUGGCCUCAAGUAAUCCUUCUGCCUUGUUCUGCCAAAGUGUUAAGAUGGCAGAUGUGAACCAGCACACCCAGCUUGGAAAUUCUUUUACAGUCUAAUAAACAUCAUUUGGAUAAAUAUUUACUACCACUCAUAGUAAAUAUUUAAAAGGACAAGAUUAAAUGAUUGCUGAGGUUUCUUUUAACUUGGAGAUUCAUAUCCAACCAUAUUUCACCUUAAACUGAAGUUAUUUCCUUCUGGCAAAGAUAAUGGAAGCACCACAGAUGCGACAUAACAAGAAUUACAGUUGUACAUAAUUACAUUUAUGCUGUCAACAAUAUUAUGUUAACAAUACAUUGUUUAUAUCAAUAUUAUCUAACAUUCUAAGCCCUGUUCCUUUUGUUACUAAGGGGUCUAAAAUAACAUUUUACAAAUAUAGUUGAAUAUAGCAUCAGUAAAUUGAUUAUGAGGAAGAAUCCUUCAUAAUUGCUUUUAGGGAUUAAACAUGUAUCUAAGGACAACACCAAGGAACUACUAGAAAGAACCCUCGGGUCAGUCUUACCCGUUCUGUUUCCACACACUUAGUUUUCUGUUACUUUUAGGAAUGACCUUUGUUAACUAAGUCAUUAAAAUCCAAUAAACAUAAACUCUUCAAACCCCACAGCUGGAUCAUACUCUGGCAGUAAGCAGAGGAAGGCAGGGGCUACCACUGUUUUACAGAAUAAUAAUAAGUAAAUGAUCCAAGAAAUGACUCCUCAGGGAAGGGACAAAUUAAAUAAGCUCACAACCUUGGGCUGUUCAGAGCGGCUUUGGCUCUUGGCUUGCACAUUUACAUCUUUAAUUAUUUUCUUGCUAAACAAAGUUCAGUGCUGGAAAGAUAGCUCACGUAUAAAAUAACAUAGAAAACGUACAUCACGUUUCAUUUGUUUGGGGUUUUGAUGGUUUUUUUUUUUUCUUUUUUCUUUGUUUUUGGAAAAUAGUUCAAUGUUACUAUCAAUUCCUAAUUUCUUAAUGAGUGUCAAUACCAAGGGGUGGCUCUGGGGACUCUUUAGCCCAAAUCUAAGCAAACAUAUAAUCUGAGUAAAAACUGUGUAAAUUUAUCAAAUACAGCAUCAACAGAAGCCCCCAGCUCCCACUUGAUGCUGCCUGUUCUGUGAACUCUUGCUAUAUAUAUAUACUUUAAAAAUCUGGGGUUAGUUUAGGCCGAGCAGGCAACAGUUUCCUACUACAAAUUUUGUUGUUGUUGUUGUUGUUGUUUUUAGAGAGACAGGAUCUUGCUAGGUUGCUCAGGUAUGCCUCAAACUCCUAGAUUCAAAGGAUCCUCCCUCAUCAGCCUCCCAGUAGCCCGCACUGCCUACCAGCCUCACAUAUGUUUUUUAAAGAAAUGGUAAAUAGAGAUCCAAGGUAUUCCAGUGACUAAGGGACUGAGGUGAAUGACUAAGGGACUGAGGGAGACCUUUCUCUCUGAACCUGUUCCUCCACUAGUCUUUCCAGGCUUCCCUUACUCCAGCCCGAAAUGUGAGUCAUCCCUGGCUCCUCAUUUUUACUCACCAACCCUCACCCACCCUACCCCAUCUACCAGCAGGUCUGUUUAUUCACUUCCAAAAUAUACCCCAAAUGUGCACCUUCCUCUCCCUCCCUUCUGUAAUCGGUGGUACUCCAAGCCACCAUGCUACAUAAAUUAUUUUUGGGAACUCUAAAAAUUUUUGCAUGUCUUCUCCCACUGCUACCUGGAAGCCAGAGUGACCUUUCAAAAUAUACAUCAGAUCAGAUCGUGUCACUCUCCUGCCAAAAGCCCUCUAAAGUUCUUACAGUGAUCUAGCUGCCUCCUCAAACUCAUCACACAUCUGAUCUUAGACAUAUGCUUUAAGCAUAUUAGUCUUCUUGUAGUCCCUCAAACAAGCUUCUUUCAGUUCUUCGUCUCUGAACAAGCUUUUUCCUCUGCCAGGAUUGCUAUUCCCUCCUGCUCUGGCAGGUCUGACUCCUAAUGUCCUUCAAUCUUUGCUUAAAUUUCACCUCCUCAAGCCCUUCCCUGGCUUCCUAAAGUAGUGGUGCCCCCUUCUUUGAUGUUAUUCUGUCUCUGUGCUUUUCACAGCAAUAAUCAGAACUUGUAAUUAUUUUGUUAAUAUUUAAAAUCUAGCUGGACAUGGUGGCUCACACCUGUAAUCCCAGCACUUUGGGAGGCCAAGACGGGUGGAUCACCUGAGGUCAGGAGUUUGAGACCAGCCUGGCCAACAUGGUGAAACCCCUGUUCCUACUAAAAAUACAAAAUUACCCAGGUAUGGUGGAGCAUGCCUUUAAUCCUAGCUACUCACGUGGGUGAGACAGGAGAAUUGCUGGAACCUGGGAGGUGGAGGUUGCAGUGAGCCCAGAUAGUACCACUGCCUUCCAGCCUGGGAGACAAGAGCAAAACUCUGUCUCCAAAAAAAAAAGCUUUCUUCACUCAACUAUAGGGUGACGGAAGAGGUCAGGGGCCCUGUUUGCCCUGUUUGCCAUCCUGUCUCUAGUGCCUGACACGGAGUAAACUUUACACAUUCAUGAAUGGAUGGCACUGCUGUUCACAGAUAGAUGCCUUAUCUGCUUUUUUUCCCUUAAGAGUAUUGUGGUGUACUUAAAAAAAAGAGAGCCAUUAAUUCUACAUUAUUCUACAACACAAAGGGCUGUGCUCCAGUGAAAUUUGAAGUGCCUCUUGUGGAGUGUGCUUUGAGUAAAGUUCAUUUAUAUCAGGUGCUUAUAAAUGUCAGGUCGAUUACAAAUAUGGUGCUCCAUUUUCUUUUCUAACUUAAGUGAGAUGUUUUAAGAGUCUCAUUCUAUCAGGUAAGAUUAAGGAAAGAGGCAAGUAAUCUUUUUUUUUGGAUCAAGCAGCCUCAAGGUCCUAAGACCUAAACAUUUUUGCACUGCCAGGCACUACAUGCUCAUUAAUUAUCUGGGAGACUGGUAAGGAUAUAAAAGUAAUUUCUUCUUUAAGCCCAGGAAUCAUUUAAAAAAUAUGUGUAACUUUUUUUUUUUUCUCACGUAGUCUUAGCUACUGAAGAAAAUUCUAUCAAUUAGGUUAUAAUUCAAGUCUCAUCAAGAAAUAAAUGCUUAUGUAAAUCAAGAUUAAAACUUUAAAAAAAAAACAUUGUCAAAGCAGCAUUUUUAAACAGUCAUGUUUUAAAAUCCCCAUCAAAAUGCUAAAAUUCCUUGUGAUUCUGACCUCUGAUGCUGUCAGCCACGGGAGGAGGCAAAACGACUUGAGGCUUGAAGCUGUGUCUUUCCCGAAGCUCAGGUCCACAAGACACGCUCUCCAGGUGGAGGCUGCUCCUCAGAACUCAGGCUUUACUUCUUGACGGGAGAAGGAAGCAGUGUUAAAACUUGUCUAUUCUGAACUAGCCAACCAGAUUAAAGGAGGGGUUUGUGCAUACCAACCUCAUCCCAGAAUGACCUGAGUGACUCAUUACAUACAGACGGUGGUGCAGACUCAUUAACAAGUAAACAACUCACACCAGUGCUCUGUGCUCACAGGGCUGGGAGGUGGAGGUUGCAGUGAGCCCAGACAGUACCACUGCCUUCCAGCCUGGGAGACAAGAGCAAAACUCUGUCUCCAAAAAAAAAAAAGCUUUCUUCACUCAACUAUAGGGUGACGGAAGAGGUCAGGGGCCCUGUCUGCCCUGUUUGCCAUCCUGUCUUCUCUUAAGGGUAUUUCUCUUAAGGGAGGCUGGAAGAAGGGAGGAGGCAUUCCUUUCUCCCAGAGGCAGGUGCCAAUUCCUUUUGCUGUGCCCCAGCCCCCUUCCAAGUUGUUAGAAACUCUUCCACGGCUUUUCUCUGGAAGGACCUCUUCUCCCCACAGUCCUGCCUCCUCCCCCUGCCUGUCCACCUAUUUGUCCUUUAAGACCUCUCUUGGCCAGGCGCAGUGGCUUUCACCUGUAAUCCCAGCCCUUUGGGAGGCUGAGACGGAUGGAUCACCUGAGGUCAGGAGUUGGAGGACAGCCUAGCCAGCAGGGUGAAACCCCGUCUCUACUAAAAAUACAAACCUUAGCCAGGCGUAGUGGUGCAUGCCUGUAAUCCCAGCUACUGUGGAGUUAGAGGCAGACGAAUCACUUGAACCCAGGAGGCAGAGGUUGCAGUGAGCCUGGAUUGCACCACUGCACUCCUGCCCGGGCAACAGAGUUAAUGAGACUCCGUCUCAAAACAAAACAGAAAACCUUUCUUAGACAUCACUAUCUCUUAGAAACUGUGUGUAUAUUUACCCUCCACCACCCCAAGUCAAGAGUUAAUUUCUUCCUCCUCAUACUGUGUCUGCAGGGUAUUAAUACUUUUGUCAGUCCAACCUGUAAUCUAUAUUUUCAACUCUCCCUUGAGAAGUUUUCUUGAGACAGGGAUAAGAUCUUCUCUCUAGACUCUAGUGAAUCCUUUUAUUCAUGCUGGUGUAAGUAAAUGAAGAAAUGGGAUGAUCAGUCACAGACUUUCAGUUUUUAAAAUGACCUCACAGGUCUAGUCAGCCUGAGAGGAACGAACAGGUUACUUAGCUUAUUCAGCUACUUGGGAAGCUGAGGUGGGAGAAUUGAUUGAGCCUGGCGGUUUGGAUGCAGCCUGGGCAACAAGUGGAGACCCGAUCUCUAAUUUUUCAAGUUUUUAUCUUUUAAAUUUAAAUUAACGUAUUCAGGCUAGUUCUUUACUUUAGUUCUCUACUGAAGUAAUUCACCCAAAAUUAAGACUAGCAUUGCUAGUUUAGUGUAUUACUCCUCUCUAGGCUGUUUAUUUAUUUAUUUUUGAGACAGAGUUUUGCUCUUGUCCCCCAGACUGGAUUGCAGUGGUGCAAUCUAGGCUCACUGCAACCUCCACCUCCCAGAUUCAAGCGAUUCCCUUGCCUCGACCUCACAUUUAGCUGGGAUUACAGGCUCAUGCCACCACUUCCAGCUAAUUUUUGUAUUAUUAGUAAAGAUGGGGUUUUACCAUGUUGGCCAGGCCGGACUGGAACUCCUGACCUCGGGUGAUCCGCCUGCCUCGUCUUUUUCCGAAGUGCUGGGAUUACAGGUAUGAGACACCACGCCAGGCUGAUUUUUAUAUUUUUAAUUGAAAUGGAUGGAUAUUUUAGAAAGUAUAAAUUUGAAGCAUAUAGCUUGAUGACAGAUUUCCAAAUUGAGCAUUCUCAGUCAUUACCACCCAUAUAAAAAUAGAGAACAUUCCUUGCACCCCAGAAACUUUUUAUACCUUUCUCGUUAUCCUCCUCAUCAGGGUAACCGCUAUUGGUAUUUCUUUCACCAUGGAUCAAUUUCAUGUUUUUGAACUUUAUUUAAAGGGAGUGAUAGUGUGUACUUGCCCCCCACCCCCACUUUGGCUUAUCUUGCUUAACAUUUUACCUGUGAGCUUCAACCAGGCUGUUACAUGUAGCAGUAAGUAGUUCGUUCUUUUUUAUUGUUACAUAGUAUUCUUUUGUGUGAAUGUCCAAUGAUUUACUUAUCUGUUCUUUUGUUCAUGGAUUUGGAUUGUUUUCAGUUUGGGGCUAUUAGAAAUAAUACUUCUGUAAGUAUUCUCGUACAUGUCUUAAUCAUACUGCUGUAAGUAUUCUCGUACAUGUCUUGGUGCACACGUGUGCAUUUCUGUUGAAUUUAUAGCUAGGAGUGGAACCGCUGAGUCAUGUUGUGUCCCCAGUGUUAGAGUUGUACCAGCUGUGUAUGACAGAGCUCCUAUCAAGCAGAGUCCCAUGAGAAUUAAAAAAAGAAAGAGUUCCCGUUGCUCUACAUCCUUGACUAUGCUUGGCCCUUUGCUGUUUCUAAAUUUUGCCAGUGUAAUGGCCACGCAGAGGUAUCUCAUUGUGGUUUAAAUUAUAUCCCUGCUGAUUAAUGAUAUUAAACACCUUUUCAUGUGUUUUCAUAGGCUACUUGAUUGUCCUUCCAUGACGUGCUUGUUUAAGUCUUUUGCCCCUCUUUCUACUUGGUAAUCUACUCCACAAAGUCUAAAAUAUUUACUCUCUGGCCCUUUACAGGAGGCUUGCUGACCCCUGCUCUACAGUGCACCGCUGAGCAAGUUCUGGCAUUUGAGUUCCUUGAGUUCAGGCCCCCUUUAGAUCCAGGUUUCAGUCAACCAACCAAGCAACAUAUUAGAGUCACUCCCAACUGCUUGAGCAGAGGAUUCCAGAAUCUCUGUUUAGCACAUCCCAUUAACUCAGCCUGGUCCAACUUUUUUUUUUUUUUUUUGUCUUUUACCUGAUCCUACACCCUUAGGAAUAAUUUCUAUUAAUAUUAUCCAGUUUCUUGUCACUAUAAAUCAGCAAAACCUUAUACUUGUUGCGUAUCGCACCUCCCCGCAGGUCAUGCUUUUUACCUUACUAUCUGCGUUUUGCUGGGACUUAAGUCUUGUUUCAGGUCAAAAUUAAUUAGAGGUGGUAGGGCAGGUUGUAAGGAGCAUCAGCAGUUUCCUGCAAAGUAGCUCCCUCAGGGGAGGCCUUUACAGCCUCUUCAACUAAGGGAAGACUAACCUCAGAAAUGGAGCGAAGAGCUGCUUCUACUGGGACGGAGACUCAGCAGAAUUUAGGGGCUUCAGGUUUCCAGCUUCAUUGGAUUCUGUCCUCAUCACUCCAUCCUAAUUUUCAGGGUCUUGCUCCUUUCCAGCCAAUGCCCUGACUGUAACAUAAGAGACCUUGAGAUUAAGAAUUUGAUUUAUCUUGUAAUUAAGCCACCCGUAUGAUUAGACUUGGGUUUGUUUAGAAUCUAAGAUUUCUUGGAAGUUUUGGCCGUGCGACUACAGGAGAUAAUUUCUUUUUAAGGCAGCCACAGUGCGUUCUUGACCCUGAGCUUGGAAUUUAAAGUCACAAAUUCAUCAUCGUUUUCUUUCCUGAAGCUCUCUAGCGCUCUGGAAAGAAGUCAAGUAACCCUGUAAUACAUCUUGUUUUUACUGCAGAGUUCUAAGGCAGCAACUACUUGGUUAUCCCAAGUCUUGCUCUCUAUAGGCAUCUGAUGAUGGGAAUCUAGUUGAUUAUUUUUUUUUAAGUUUUUUUUUUGUCACUGCAGGCAGUGUGACCCCCUACAGCUGGGUAUCAUAACUGUCUUUACAUCUUAUUAGACUGGAGAAACAAGUCAGAUAACUAACUGAGCAUUGUGCCAAUUCAGAACACUCUUCCUCAAGAUUCCGUUCUCUGGAUCUCACUCACUUCUGUACUAAUAUUCGUAUCAGUUGGGGUUAAUCUAAAAGGCAGAACCACUGUGAUUGAUAUAAGGGGUUUGUGAUGGGAGUUAGAUCUGACACAGUUGUGGGAGCCGGAGGAGAAGCCAAUGCAAAAACUGCUGUCUCUUCAGCCGGUGUUGGGCCUGAUGUUGCUCUAAGUCAGCAGGGCCACACCUUGGGAAGAAAAUAUUGAUAAGGAGUUGGGAAGGGUAAGGACAAAAAUUGGAGCCCAUGAAGAAAAACUGGAACUUGUGAGGAUAAACUGGACCCCUGUCUAUCUCUUACUGCCUCCAACUUCACUGAUAACGUGAGCACUUUGAGCAGCAACUGAAGGAGGAGAUCUGGACAAUUUCAGAACUACCCCAUGACAGCAGUGUGUACAGACUGUCACAGUGUCUGGCGCCCUUAGCCUUGAGAAGAAAAUAAUGGCUACUGCCCUUUUCCCUUCCCAGAUCUCCCAGACAUUUCUCCUGGGGCUAACCCUCCUCUAGAACCAUACAGGGGAGGGAAUUCUGAGGGAGUUCUUAGUGCAGGUAAGUUGACACAGUAUAAAACCACCAAACCCUUUAUCAGAUUAUUAGAUUAAGGAAGUUCCUAUCUACUCUAGAUUGGCUAACAUAUUUUACUAAGGGUUUUUUUUUUUUUUUUCCUAUCAUGAAGGAGUAUCGAAUUUCAUCAUUGCUUUUCGGUAUCUAUUGAGAUGAUAAUCUUUUAAAAAUGUUAAUGUUACUUACCUUGAGAUAUUUUCAAAUGUCAAACUAACCUUACAUUAAAAGAAUAAACCGCACAUGACUAUGGUGUAUAUCCUUUCUAUAGAUUGCUGGAUUUAAUGUGUGAUUUUUUUUUUUUUUUUUUUUUUUGAGAGAGAGGGUCUCUGUCAUCCAGGCUGGAGUGCGGUGGUAUGAACAUGGCUCACUGCAGCCUUGACUUCCUAGGCUCAAGCAAUCCUCUUGCCUCAGCCCGCUGUGUAGCUGGGAUCACAGAACGUGUAUGACCACACCUGGCUAGUUUUUUAAUUUUUGAGACGGAGUUUCACUCUUGUUACCCAGGCUGGAGUGCAAUGGCACGAUCUCCGCUCACUGCAGCCUCUGCCUCCUGGGUUCAGGCAAUUCUCCUGCCUCAGCCUCCUGAGUAGCUGGGAUUACAGGUGCGCACCACCAUGCCCAGCUAAUUUUUUGUAUUUUUAGUAGAGAUGGGGUUUCACCAUGUUGACCAGGAUGGUCUUGAUCUCUUGACCUCAUGAUCCACCCUCCUCGGCCUCCCAAAGUGCUGGAAUUACAGGCGUGAGCCACCGCACCCGGCCCAAUUUUUUUUUUUUUUUAAUAUUUUGAGCUGGAGUCUCACUUUGUUCCCCAGGCUAUGCUUGCCCUACCCUAGCUUUUCCUCUGUAUUAUUAGACAUGGCUUCAGUGUCCUUGAACUGCAAGGAAUUAGCAUUGAUUGCAGCAUUAGUAAAACCUGUCUUCUACUCAUCAUCAAAAGUCAGUCUUUUUUUUUUUUGAGACAGAGUUUCACACUGCCGCCCCAGCUGGAGUGCAAUGGUGCCAUCUCAGCUCACUGCAACCUUCGCCUCCCAAGUUUAAGGGAUUCUUCUGCCUCAGCCUCCUGAGUAGCUGGGAUUACAGCCACACAUCACCAUGCCCAGCUAAUUUUUGUAUUUUUAGUAGAGAUGGGGUCUUACCAUGUUGGUCAGUCUGGACUCAAACUCCUGAACUCUUGAUCUGCCUGCUUCAAGCAAUUCUCCCACCUUGGCCUCCCGAAGUGCUGGGAAUUAUAGGCAUGAACCACUGCACCCAGCUUUAUGUGCUUUCUUUUUUUUUAGAUUGAGUCUAGCUCUCUCAUCCAGGCUGGAGUGCAGUGGAGUGAACUCGGCUCACUGCAUCCUCCACCUUAGCCUCCAGGGUAGCUGGGACUACAGAAACGUGCCACCAUGCCCGGCUAAUUUUUUUGUAUUUUUAGUAGAGACAGGGUUUCACGGGGUUAGCCAGGAUGGUCUUGAUCUCCUGACCUCAUGAUCCGCCUGCCUCAGCCUCCCGAAGUGUUGGGAUUACAGGCGUGAGCCACUGCACCUGGCCUUAAUAUACUAUUUUAAAAAAUGACUUUUGGGUUUGCGUUCAUGUGACUGAUUAGCCAGUAGUUUUACUUUUUGUAAUUUUUUUUAGAUUACUUUUGGAAUCAAGUUUAUUGUAAUCUCAAAAAAUGUGCAUGGCUCUGUUCCCUUUAUUUUUGUUCUCUUAAAGGUUUCUGUAGCCUGUAGUCCCAGCUACUCAGAAGGCUGAGGUGGAAGGAUCACUGGAAUGUGACUGAGAAUAGCCACUGUACUCCAGCCUGGGCAACAUCUGAGACUCUGUCACUAUGUCAUUUUAUAAUUCUAUAAUGUUGGUGUUACUUUUCCCUUUAAUUGAAUAAUUCACCAAUGAAGCCCACAGGGACUGGGAAUUGUUUUUGUGGGGAAGUUUAAAUUAUGGAUUCUAUUUAUUUAAUAGACAUAGGAGUUUACAUACUAUUUCUGUUUGGUUUUGAUAAGUUGUGUUUUUCAAACAGUAGUUGUACAACCUUUUAAUUUGUUUCUACCUGUAAUAAUUCUUUUAAAUAUCUUUUAAAAAAUGACUUUUCGUGAUGAGUAGGACAUAGGUUUUACUGAUGCUACAAUCAGUAUUAAUUCCUUGCCGUUCAAGACACUGAGACUGUCUAAUAAUACAGAGGCAGAACUUGGAUUUGGGAGAUAACUAUGCCUCUUGUACUCUCUGUGACAAGUCUAGCUUCAAUGUGAAGUUUGUCUUAAUCUCAAAACAUGAGCUUGGCUCUGUUCCCUCUAUUUUCUCUUAAAAGUUUCUGCAGCCUCUAAUCCCAGCUACUCAGAAGGCUGAGGUGGGAGGAUCUGUUGAGGCCAGGGGUUCAAGGCUGUUUAGUGAAAUAAAGAAUCAGGAAUGAGCAUUCCCCUAAUACAAUUACGAAAUUAAAAUCACCUAAAGCUUUGGGGCUGCUUAGAAAGCCCAGAAAGAAGUGCCAAAUGAGAAAAUAAAUUCAGUGGAAAAACUCACCUGAAGGUAUCAUGGUCAGCUGGGUUUACACCCCUUUGAUGCACUUCAUUCACAUCCUGUACAUCCCACAAAGACUCGCUCUUUCUAAAGGUUUUGGUUCACGUGCACAAUAGAAUAGCAGCAAUCAACAUUAGCCUGAGGGCUGGCUAGUCUUUAAUAUUCCACUGAUUCAAAGAAAUGAUGUUUUUCCCCUCAUUUCUAAAGAUCUCCCAGGUCCAUUACAAAAAAAAGAAGGAGCAGCCAGGCAUAGUGGCUCAUGCCUGUAAUCCCAGCACUUUGGGAGGCCAAGGUGGGCAGAUCACCUGAGGUCAGGAGUUCGAGACCAGCCUGGCCAACAUGGCAAAACCCUGUCUCUACUAAAAAUACAAAAAUUAGCAGGGCAUGAUGGUAUGCGCCUGUAAUCCCAGCUACUAGGGAGGCUGAAGCAGGAGAAUUGCUUGAACCGGGAGGCAGAGGUUGCAGUGAGCCAAGAUCAUGCCACUGCACUCCAGCCUAGGAGACAGAGCGAGAUUCUGUCUCAGAAAAAAAAAAAAAAAUCUUCCAUGAAGCGCUUUACUAGUGUUUGUUUCUAUUUAGCAUUAAACACUUCCCCAGGCCAAUGCGUUAGCAGUUAGCUCCUUAUUGAGUAUUAUCUGUAGCAAACAGCAGCCGACUCCUAGCUGUCUUCAGUGAACUUGAAUUUAAACUUACAUAAUUCUCAUGACUUCUAUUUCAUCUUGAAACCUAGAGAUUUCUUCCCUUUGCUGCUGAUUCACCUUCCAUUAUAUGUAGACUGAAGCAGACAUCGCACUGUUGUUGCUUGAUUACAUCUUCAAUUAUUUUAGUUAUUUCUGAGAUUCUCCCCCGCAAUUUUUCCAACUAUCUAGAGAAGAGUGUGGCAGGGUACCGAGAGUGUAUGAAUAACGUUAUGAAGGCUGUGAGACUUCAAAUAAGUGAGUAGCUUCUCUGAGCCUCAGUUUCCUCUUCUGUAAACCAGGAUAAUAUUUACUGAACAAAGUUGUUCUAAGGAUUAGUGAAAUGUACGUAAAGCACUUAGCAUUUAUUUAUUUAUAUUUUUUGAGAUAGAAUUUCACUCUUGUUGCCCAGGCUGGAGUGCAAUGGCACGAUCUCAGCUCACUGCAACCUCUGCCUCCCAGGUUUAACCAAUUCUCCUGCCUCAGCCUCCUGAGUAGCUAGGAUUACAGGCAUGUGCCACCACGCCCAGCUAAUUUCUUGUAUUUUUUAGUAGACAUGGAGUUUCUCCAUGUUGGUCAGGCUGGUCUUGAACUCUCAACCUCAGGUGAUCUGCCUGCCUUGGUCUGCCAAAGUGCUGGGAUUACAGGCAUGAGCCACUGCGCCCAGCCAGCAUUUAGCAUUUAAUCGAUGAUCGAAUGGUAAGUGAUGCUUAUAAAAUGUUUUUAUCAUGGUAAAAUAUGUAAAGCAUAAAACUUACCAGCAUUUUAAUCUAAAUUGUCUUAUUGUCAUAGGCUUGUUUAUAAUAAAACAAACAUCUUUUUAGUAUCUGUAGCGAUAACUGUUUAUUCCUUGUAUUCUAACUUGUGCCUAAUUAGGUACAGCUCUAACUAGUUAUCUAUUGCUGCAUAAGAAAUUACCUGAAACUUAAUGUCUUCAAACAAUGAAUAUUUAUUAUCAGUGGUAGGCAGACUUCUAAGAUGAUUCCCAUGAUCUCUAUGUCCUGGUGUUAUACUCUGUAUAAUCUCUCCUUUUUAGUGUGGAUGGGGUCGCUUUUCAACCUUUUGGCUGAAAUCAAGUGAGUCAGCACAAUUUGCAACUGAAGAAAAUGUGGAACCAGUCCAAAAUGCCCAUCAGUCGAUGAGUGGAUAAAGAAUAUGUGGUAUAUAUAGAUCAUGGAAUAUUACUCGGCCACAAAAAGGAACAAAAUAAUGGCAUUUGCAGCAAUCUGGAUAGAAUUAUAGACUAUUGUUCUACAUGAAGUAACUCAGGAAUGGAAAAUCAAACAUCAUAUGUUCUCACUCAUAGGUGGGAGCGAAGCUAUGAGGAUGCAAAGGCCUAAGAAUGAUACAGUUGACUUUGGGGACCCAGGGGAAAGGGUGUGAGGGAUAAAAGACUCCACACUGGGUACAGUGUACACUGCUUGGGUGAUGGGUGCAGCAGUAUCUCAGAAAUCACCACUAAAUAACUUACUCAUAUAACCAAACACCAUCUGUUCCCCCAAAACCUAUUGAAAUGAUAAAAAACGUAAGUUAAAAAAAAAACACUUAAGAAUAAACACGUUUUCUUAAAUGAAAUCCUGACCCACAGAAACUGUAUAAAAGAAAAUACUACUAUACUAGCUAAUAUAUGUACAUUUCCUGAGAUGUUCAUUUGUUAUACAGCAAUAGCAAAAUGAUAUCUUAUAUAGCUUCUGCGGGUCCUGAUUUGAGAAAUACUUUAGCUGGGUAGUUCUGUCAUGGUGAGUAUGUUGAUUAGGCCUGCGGUCAUCUAAAGGCUUCACUGAGGCUAGGGCAUCUACUUUCAAGAUGGCUCACUCAGCAUAGCUAGCAAGUCAGUGCUGUCUGUUAGCAGGCGAUCUCUCUAAUGUAAUGCAUUAACCUCUGUAGGGUUGCUUGAAUGUCUUUACAAUAUGGUAGCUCCUUUCACCCAGGGUGAGCAAGGUGGAAGCUGCAAUGUAUUUUAUAAUCUAGCCUAGGAAAUUAUACUCUGUCGUUUGAACUAUCUUCUUGAUAACACAGGUCACUGUGUUCAAUAUGAGAGAGAACUCACAGGGCAUGGAGAGCAGAGGUGAAGAUCACCGGGGGCCAUCUUGGAGGCUGGCUGCCACAGAGAUCAGCAACGGGAAUACUGUUUUCAAAGGAACAUUUUUGGCCUUUUAUAUUUUCUCAUGUAUUUGUUUUUUAUAAUUAUUUCUGCUUUUAUUUGUAUUACUUCCAUCAUUUUAAUUUCAUUGGACUUAAUUUGCUGGGAUUUUUGAGAUGGAUGCUUAGAUUAUUGGGGUUUUUUCUUUUUUUUGAGACAGUCUCACUCUGUCACUCAGGCUAUAGUGCAGUGGUGAUUUAUAGCUCACUGCAGCCUUAAAUUCCUGAGCUCAAGUGAUUCAAUCCUCCUCUCUCAGCCUCCCAAGCAGCUGGGACUACAGGUGUACGUCGCCGUGCCCUAUUAUUAUUAUUAUGUUUUUAUUUUUAUUUUUUGCUGUGACAGCUCUAUGCUUCCCGGGCUGGUAUUGAACUUCUGGCCUCAAGCAAACUUCCUGCCUUGGCCUUCCAAAGUGUUGGGAUUACACAUGUGAGCCACCAUACCUAGCAUAUCAUUGUUUUUUAGUCCUUUUCUUUUUGUUUUCAAAUGCAUUCAUUUACGAUGAUAGAUUUUCCCCAAACCCAGAUUUAGUCACGUCCCACAAGUUUUCCACUUUUGUAAAAUUGUAUUGAAGUAUAAUGUACAUAAGAGAAAGUGUGCUGUCUUAAAUGUACAGGUGGAUGACUUAUCACAAUAUAAAUAAACCUCUGUAACUAGCUCCAAGAUAAAAAAAACUGCUACUAAUCAUUUUAAACCUGGGUCUGAUAAUAUUACUUUAAAGUUCAUGUCUGAUAAUUCUAACACCUGAAUCACUGUGGGUUUGUUUCUCUUUUCUGUUGUUUUGUUCAUGGUUUUCAGUCAGUGGGUCAUAUAUCCUGGAAUUCCUGGUAACAUAUACAUACAUGUGUACAUAUACAUAGAUUUUAUUUUUAAAAAUUGUCUACCCAUUGUGGUCUCCUACAGUGGGUACUUGUUCCCUGUCUAUAACUUCUUUUAGACUUUGUUUUCUUUUUACUCUUUCUAGACUAUAUUAUUUUACUUUUUGGAUAAGUAAUAUAGUUACAAGUUUCAAAAAUAAAAAUUGUGAAAGAGUGUUAGUGAAGAGUCAUUCUUGCAAUGCCAUCACCCUCUUCCUGUCCUACAGGUAACCAUGAUUAGUCUCUGGUAUAUCAUUCCAGAGAUAGUUUAAACAUUAUAUAUACAAGCAAAUUAUGUAUGCUGCAUUCCCCUCUCUGUUCUGUACUUUGCUUUCUUCAUCUAACAUUAUAUUUUGGUGAGUUUUCUGUUUAGUUCAUAAUACAUUUUCUCAUAUUUUAAACAGCUGUAUUCUGUUGUAUGAAUUUAUCAUAACUUACUGAAUCAGUCCACUUCUGAGGAUCAUCCAGUUUGUUUCCAGUUGUUUGCUAUGGUGAGAAGCUGAAUAAAAGAUGUCCGCAUUCAAAUUCCUGAAUCUAGGAAUACAUUACUUUACAUAGCCAAAGGGGCCUUGGGAGUAAGGAUUGUGAGACGGGGAGAGGCGCGUGGAUCAGCCAGGUGGGCGCAAUGGAAUCAAUCACAAGAGUCCUUAUAAGCGGGAAGCAGAAGCGUCGGAAUCAGAGACGUGAUAGGAAGGUGGAAGUGGUGGUUGCAGCGAUACGAGAUCGAGAGCCCAGGAGCGUGGAGCCAUCAGCAGUUGGAAGAGGCAUGGAAAUGGACUCUACCCUAGAUCCUCCAGAAGGAAACAGACUUUGAUUUUUAGCUCCGCAAGAUGCGUUUCGGACUUCAGACCUCCGGGCUCAUAGUAAGAAAAGUAUGCAAAUGGAUGAGGCCUUCUAAGGGAAUCUUGUGGCUUCUCAGUCCUAGCUGUUCUGAAUUGGUGAUUGACAGGAACACCCAACAGGUGAUGCUAAAGGUAGUCGGUGAAAUUGCGGGGGAGAAUCUCAGAAAUAACUAAGAUAAUUGAAGAUGUAAUCAAGAAACAAAAGGACAGUGUUUGAAUGGAGACCAACUAAAGACACGUGGAAGAAAUCAUGCCAUCCUCAAAGCCUCAUCCACCUGUCGUGGGCAAAGUGACUCAUCACAGCAUCGAAUUAUACUGGGAUCUGGAAAAGAAAGCCAAACGCCGAGGACCCCAGGAGCAGUGGUGUAGGUUCUCGAUUGAAGAAGAAGACCCCAGAAUGCACACUUACGGCAUCAUUUAUACGGGAUAUGCUACGAAGCAUGUUGUUGAAGGUCUGGAACCAAGGACGCUGUAUAGAUUUCGCCUGAAGGUCACCAGCCCUUCUGGGGAGUGUGAGUACAGCCCACUCAUCUCAGUGUCUACAACCAGAGAGCCCAUAAGUAGUGAGCACUUUCAUCGGGCUGUCAAUGUGAAUGAUGAAGAUUUGCUUGUCCGAAUACUUCAAGGAGGCCAUGUUAAGGUUGAUGUUCCCAAUAAGUUUGGCUUUACCGCUCUGAUGGUUGCUGCCCAGAAAGGAUACACCAGGCUUGUGAAAAUCCUAGUUUCUAAUGGCACAGACGUGAAUCUGAAGAAUGGAAGUGGCAAGGACAGAAGCAGACGGAAAUCGCCACCAGAGAGACAGCUGGAGCACUUUCCUGAGGUAUUUAUAAAUCUCUUCCAUCCCACCUAUGAGAGCCAUACCAGAGGUCUGAUGCUGGCGUGCUACGAGGGACACCUAGAUGUUGUGAAAUAUCUCCGAAGACACGGUGCCUCUUGGCAGGCGAGAGACCUGGGAGGCUGUACAGCUCUGCACUGGGCUGCGGAUGGAGGCCACUGCAGUGUGAUUGAGUGGAUGAUCAAGGAUGGCUGUGAGGUAGAUGUAGUGGACACUGGUUCAGGAUGGACCCCACUCAUGAGAGUCUCUGCAGUGUCGGGAAAUCAGAGGGUGGCCUCUCUUCUAAUUGAGGCUGGGGCCAAUGUGAAUGUGAAGGACAGAAAUGGAAAGACGCCUCUUAUGGUGGCUGUGUUAAAUAAUCAUGAAGAGUUAGUUCAGUUACUUCUUGACAAAGGGGCAGAUGCAAGUAUAAAAAAUGAGUUCGGCAAAGGUGUCCUAGAAAUGGCCAGAGUUUUUGACAGACAGAGUGUAGUCUCCUUAUUGGAAGAAAGGAAAAAAAAGCAGAGGCCGGAGCAGUCUUCUGUUUGCUGAUCCGAGCACCACUCAUCUGUGAAAUCCACAUAAAACAAAGUGAAACGUGACUGUUAAUCUAGGGAUGGGAAAUUCUGCGUCUUGGAGGGCUGUACAUUUAUUUAUUUAGUUGAAGAUUCAGUGUUCCCACUUGGAAAUACAUCUUUUUACCUAA